ACUUGUGCUACCGUGCAAGCUGUGACGCUACGUUAAUUUAAAAGAAAUUGAUUAAAUCAACUACACGUCAUUUAUAAAUAACAAAAGACGCAGGAGAAACAAUAAAAUAGUUUGGCAGUCUUAGUUUACAGCACAACGCGCGAGUAAAACAGCAGUAAAACGGAGCGGUGCGAAAAAGGAGCGUCGCAGAGCGCGGCAAUACGGUAGAGGCCUUUGAACCGGCAGCAGGGCGGUCGGCGCGCGCCCCACUUCUCGCGCUUCGCGCACGCCGGUCCCUAUCUCGCGCUCUGCGACUCGUUGGACAGCCCGGACAUGUCGUCGAACGCGCUGGUUCUGGUAGGGGCGCGCUGGCUGGCCGACGCUCUCAAGAGCCAGAAGCUGGGAGCAGCGCUCCGCAUUCUCGACGCGUCGUGGUACCUGCCCAAAAUGCAGCGGAACGCGAGGCUCGAGUUCCGCGAGCGACACAUCCCGGGGGCCUCCUACUUCGACAUCGACCACUGCAGCGACAGGACGUCCCCGUUCGACCACAUGCUGCCCACCGAGCACGAGUUCGCGGAGUACGUGGGCCAGCUGGGCAUCGCCAACGACACGCACGUGGUGGUUUACGACGCGAGCGACUUGGGCUCCUUCUCGGCGCCGCGGGUCUGGUGGAUGUUCCGCGUGUUCGGACACGGCGCGGUGUCCGUGCUGGACGGCGGCCUCAGGCACUGGAUCCGGGAGGGACACCCGGUCACGGCGGAGCCGUCGAAGCCCGAGGCCGCGGUGUUCAGCGCGCGUCUCAACCGCUCCUGGGUGAAGACGUACGAGGACGUGCUGGACAACCUGGAGACGAAAGCGUUACAGGUGGUGGACGCCAGGACGCCGGGGAGGUUCAGAGGAGUGGAGCCAGAGCCGAGAGACAAUACUGAGCCUGGCCACAUCCCCAACUCCAUCAACAUGCCAUUCCCCUCCUUCCUGGAUGCUUCUGGGCUCGAGAAGCCACCCGAGGAGCUGGAAAAGAUGUUCCGGGACGCUGGAGUUGACCUGUCGAAGUCUGUCUGCGCGUCCUGCGGCUCGGGGGUCACGGCCUGCCACGUCGCCCUGGCUGCCCACCUGUGCGGCUAUCCGGGCGUUUCCUUGUACGAUGGCUCCUGGUCCGAGUGGUACGCCAGGGCUGCUCCCGAGCACAUCAUCUCAGAGGGCAGAGGGAAGCACGUGUAACUGAUCGCUGGCGCUCCAGGUUGCGCCGUCACGUGUUUGUUCUUCACGUGGGCCUGAAGUGGGUUGGUGACUAAGGAGAAGGAGUUAGGUCUGUGUAGAUGACUAUCGUUCUCAAAGGAGGAAUGUUAACUAUUUUGAUUACAUUUAUCGAUGCUGUAGAUGACAAUUAAUUGAUAUGCUGUGUAAAUAAAGAAGCGCUAUAAUGCAUUAGAUAUUGAGCACAAUGGUGUAAAAUGUUUGACUGGAGGGAUGCGAAGGAAAAGGUUUCAUCCGGCUGUGUACCUGUAUGUAAAUCAAAACCGUGCUGUGGUCUUGAACGGAAAACAUCAAUUUUUUUUUU